AUGAACUUCCUACGACAAAUCAAACUUUUUCUUUGGGGUCACCCACCAACAUCCCACAAAGAACGUAAACUAUUAUUUAAAAUUGAUUGUUUUGUACUAUCAUUCGUUUGUUUAAAUUAUUGGGUUAAUUAUUUGGAUCGUACAAAUUUUAGUAAUGCUUAUGUAUCAGGUAUGCAAGAAGACCUAGGGAUGGGUCAUAAUGAAUUUAAUAUAGUUAAUACUGUAUUCACUGUUGGUUAUAUAUUGGGGAUGAUUCCAAAUAAUUUAAUAUUGUUAGUGGUUAGACCUAAAUAUUGGUUAACUUUCUGUCUUUUGGUUUGGGGGACUUUGACUUUAGGAAUGUAUAAGGUUGAAAAUUAUAAACAAAUUUGUAUCUUGAGGUUCUUUAUGGCUUUUUUUGAAUCAAGUACAUUUGUUGGAAGUCAAUUAAUCCUUGGGUCAUGGUAUAAUUCAAAGAUUGAAAUUGAUGAAAAGACUGGUAGGGUUGCUACAUCUGAAUUAGGGAAAAGAAGUGCUAUUUUCACAACUUCUGGAUUAUUAGGUUCAAUAUUUAGUUCAUUUAUGCAAUCUUCAAUUUAUAAAAAUAUGCAUGGAUUAAAUGGUCUUGCAGGUUGGAGAUGGUUAUUUAUUAUUGAUUUUAUUAUUACAAUGCCUGUUAUGAUUUAUGGAUUUAUUUUCUUCCCCGAUACUCCAGAUACUUGUAAUUCAUUUUAUUUUACAAAAGAAGAAAUUCAAUUAGCAAAAGAAAGACUUAUCAAGACCGACCCUAUGGAACCAACAACCACCCCGAAAAAGACAAAACUUGAUUGGUCCGUAAUAUCAAGAGUAUUUGGGAACUGGCAUUGGUACUUAUUCAGUAUCCUAUGGAUCUUUGGUGGUGAAAAUGUUUCAUUUUGUUCAAAUUCUUUAUUUGCCCUAUGGUUAAAACAUAAAAAUUACACCAUCCCACAAAGAAAUCAAUAUCCAAUUGGUAUUUUCGCCAUUGGUAUAAUUUCAACUUUCCUUGCAGCUUUAUAUGUGGAUCAUACAGGUGGUAAAAAUCAUCAUCAUAUAGGAUUAAUAAUCUCCAUCGUUUUAAUAACUUCAUCAAUAAUGAUUCUUUCCAAACCAAAUUCUCAUGCUGUGAUGUUUAUUGCUCAAUACCUUGCUGGCGUUUCUUAUAGUGGACAAGCUGUGUUUUUUUCAUGGGCAAAUUUGAUAUGUAGAGGUGAUUUACAAGAACGGGCUAUAGUUUUAGCUUCAAUGAAUAUGUUUAGUGGUGCUGUUAAUGCUUGGUGGUCUUUAUUGUUUUUUAGUGAAUCAACUGCUCCUUUGUUUAAGAAAGGUUGUUAUGCGAUGAUUGGGACUUGUGUUGGUAGUGCUGCAACUUGUUUAAUUAUUCAAUUUUUGGUUAGGAAAAGAGAAAAAAAAUUGGUUAGAGUUGAUUCAAGUCAAAUAUCGAUAUAG